CCCAUGAUAACCUUUGGAGUUGGAUUUCCUUUGAAGCAUAUUGCAUGCCCUGUAUAAAACUCUUCAAAAGAAUCAUAAAAUUGUAGUUAAGACUACAAAACUUGGUGUAGUGAUUCUUGAACUGUCUUCGGCAAAAGGAGAGAUGGGGCUUCCAAAUUUUCCUAGUCCAGCUGAAGGGGUUCUGCCACUGCUGGUGAUGAACAUCGCUACGUCGGUGGCUGCUGUGAAGAACAUGCUAAGAUCUAUGCUGCAAGUAGGCGGUCCUAGUCGUGGUGUUGCAGCCGCCACCAAUCAAGAUUUUGUUGAGGAAGAUUCUAAGAGUGAUGAUUCUGGCGAUUUAUUGGCUAGCAGAGUGUCAAUAACGCGAUAUGGCUCUUUGUGCAGAAACCGGUGCUUUAGUCCUGAUAGAACUCGCCGGGGCUGUGAAGGGAACUGCGAUUACCAUAUGAGGCCUUCGAUCGAGUGUUGUGUGUGUCUUUGCAAGUUUCAAGCUGAUGAGGAAGUGUGUGAGCUUUCUUGCAAGCAUUUCUUCCACAGAGGUUGUUUGGAGAAGUGGCUUGAUAAUCAACAUAGUACUUGUCCUCUUUGCCGUUCCGUUAUGUAGAAUUUCAUCCAUGGCGGGCUCGAUGAGUUGUAAUAGCUUUCACCAUUUUAAUCUUUUUGUUCAUAGUUGGUGAGUGGAUGUAGCUUUCGCGUAAAUAAAGGGUAAAUUAUAAGAUGUAGUUGAACUAUACUAUUUCAUUUUGUAUAUAUUAGUCAUUAAGUUAUAGAUUAGGCAAAAUAAGUAAUGAUUCAAGGAUAUGAACUUGCAACACAAGUUUUGCUUCUGUGUUAAAACUUUUGGUAUUGUCUAUAUGAAUCUUUUUCUAGCACAAUGUUCAUGUAACUUUGCUGAUACAAAAAAAAUAUAUGACACAUACGUAGACAGGUAACUUCUCACAUGGUAUUCGAGAAUUAUGAUGG